AGGACAGUUUUUUGUCCAAGAAUGUCCAAACUCGCAGUGCCUUUACCGCAAUGACUGCAUGAUAAGAAGCUGAUGACGAUGUUUGCAUCGCAUGAAUGGCUGGCAAACGGACUGGCAGCAAACAGUCAGGGCAACUAUCGAAGAUUCACGUCCUUUGAGUUGGAGGGCUCGCAGGUGGAGCAGUUGGAAAACCAGCUGCGGGCCAAAGAUGGCGUUGCCAAGAAGCCCGGCAGCGGAGGAGAAGGCCCAACCGGCAGCCUGGCUGGGGCCGUGGGAGGUGAAGAAGGAGCUCAGCACGCAGGUGAUGGCCGUGCUGGUGCAGGUGAAAAGGCGCAAGAUGACUUGCUGAACAACGCCUUGGGUGGUUCAAUGGCUGGCAGCUUGGCACUGGGCGCCAUGAAGUCCAUGGGAGGAGGGCUACUGCAACCUAAGUCUGGAGCGGCCGCAGGCGGAUCUGGCACCGCUGCGAAAGCCAGCGAAGAAGGCACCACUCAAGCAGAACUUGGAGCACAGCUGACAGGAGAAGGCGAAGAUGUGCCCACGGUAGCAGAUGUGGCACAGCAAGAGGAAAUGGACCAGCAAGAAGCAGAGGAAGGUGAAGGUCCACCGGAGGGUGAUAUAGCCGAGAAGAUGGGGAAGGCACCAGAUGUGAACGUGGCAGACUUGUACAAGUAUUAUGCCAAUCGGUUGGCCCGACGAGCUCGCCAAGCUGCCAUUUUGGCAGACAACGCUGUGCAGGAAGCAUGGAAGCAGCAGCAACUCGCCCGCUUUUGGAGCCGGCAAGCACUGGAGGACGAGGCAGCGACGAUGCGCCUUCUACCUGCGCCCAAGGGCAGCGCCGAGCGGGACACGUGGCAGCUCCAUGUUCCUCCUGGUUGGGAGUUGCCUCCCAGCCCGUUGGUGUCAACCCGUGAUCCUCGGACCGUGACCAUAUAUUCGGGCGCCAUCUCAGAGACGCUGGCAGGGCUCGCUUUUCUGGCCCCAAGUCAUCGACCGGCACGAGCAGCACCAUUCCUGUGCCCUGUGCGUUGCCACCCAAGCCACUAAGCAGCUAUCAAAUGAGGCCACAAGCCGUCACAAGCCUGUGGACAAUCGAAUCCACAUUGAAGAGUAAUUACGGUCCGUUAUGGUCAUGAUUUACGAGAUGCAUGGCCCUAUGGUUAUAGAGACUGACGUUUGUAGUGGCAGCCUGGCAGGUUGUUUUAUAUCCACGAAUGUUGCGGUGUUUUUGGCGGUGACCAUGAGUGGACAAUGCCAGCAAAGAAAACCAUCCCAAAGUUUUGGUUGGUUGAUGACUGGUUAGCUUCUCACCAUCAAGUACCGGCCCUUGCAGACUUGCGGGAAGAGCGAAG